UGGGUUAAAAAAAGCCUAAAAUAAUUAAGUAAAUCAGUUCUUCAUGAACAGGCUAACACUGGAAAUUUUCCUCUCUGCUAUGAAUCAAUGUCCAAUUCAUAUUUCCCUAAAUGUCGAACCCUAACCCUCGCAAUUACCUAAUCUUUUUCUAAAUUAAGCUAACUAAUGGACACUCAAUUCUCUUAUAAUUUAUUCGAGAGACGACCCAUCGUCAAAUCCAAGACUCCUGCUGUUAAAUGGUUUAAAGAAUGGGUGCCUCAGGAUGUUGUGGCAACUGGUGGAAAAUGUUUUCUUUUUAAAUGGGUAACAGAAAGUCAAUUGAAGGCCUCGAAAGAGACAGCUAAAGAAUCAUUAGCACCAGAUCCAGAUCCGGAACCAGAGCCUACUACUGAGGUUCUUUUCCUUUGCAGCUUUGAUGGCUGCGGAAAAACAUUUAUAGAUGCUGGUGCUUUGAGGAAGCAUUCUCAUAUACAUGGAGAGAAACAAUACAUUUGUCACUAUGAAGGAUGCCACAAGAAAUUCUUAGAUAGUUCAAAGUUAAAAAGACACUUUUUAAUUCACACUGGCGCAAGAGAUUUUGUAUGUCCUCAUGAAGGCUGUGGGAAGGCAUUUUCCCUGGAUUUCAACUUGAGAUCACAUAUGAAAACACACUCACAAGAAAACUACCAUAUCUGCCCAUACCCGGAAUGUGGAAAGAGAUAUGCUCAUGAGUACAAGCUAAAGAAUCACGUUUUAGCUCAUCAUGAUAAGCAAUCAGCUGUUGAAACGGUAACUUAUGCCACACCGACUCCAGAGAAGACACCGAAAGUCCCCAAACCUUCUGCCGGGGUCUAUGCCACUCCGACACCAGAUCGUCCCUAUGCUUGUCCUUUUGAAGGUUGUCUAAAGUCCUACAUACAUGAAUACAAGCUUAAGCUGCAUUUGAGAAAAGAGCAUCCGGGGCGGACGUCAGAUGAAAACGCUGAGAAUGCCUCUCCCAAUGGUGGCAAUGAGAUGGAUGAGGGCAGUGAUCAAGAUGCUUAUGGGGAGAAGAAGCGUGUGAAUGGUAAAAUCCGGAAACCGAGCCGGCCCAAGCCAAACCUAAAGACUCCUCCUGCAAAACUCACUAAACUAAAAGGUUCAAGUCCAGCUCGUGCCAAUAUGAAUGUGAUGAAAAAACCUUGGCCGGUAAAAGAAGAAAUGUACGAGGAAGAAGACAGUGAAGAAACCGAGGAAGAGGAUCUUGACAAUGCAGAUGAUGGAUGGAGAUAUGGGGAAAACAAUGACGACGACGAUGAGGAGACUGAGUAUGAAGACUGAACCGAUGAACACAACUAGAAUGCUCAGUCUCCUUUUCUUCACCGGCCUUGUAAUAUAUGUUUUUCCUCCAAAAUAUUUUAUAUAAGUAAAUGAAUUUAUAAUUCUAGAAUAUACAGAAUGAGGAUAGAUAAUAUAGAUAAUUGUUUUGUUUGCUAGUUGAGACAAAGGCUCAUACUCAUCAAGAACGUCUAUGUGUAUCAGGCGAAUCAGCUAUGUAGCUGCUUGAUACAAAUUUAAAUCAACAUUUACACA